CAGUUGGACACUAAGAGCUACAUUGAUAGAAAUUUGACUUUCCAUUUUUUUAGCUGUUACUGUUUUGUGAUCUGUACAUUAAAUUAAAAAUAAUCUUGUAGUCAUGUGAAGUAGUGGCAAAAUGAAUCUUGUAGUCAUGUGAAGUAGUGGCAAAAUGAAUCUUGUAGUCAUGUGAAGUAGUGGCAAAAUGAAAAAUUGCAUUUAAAAAAUAUAAGGGAAAGGACAACACUCUAAUUAUUGUUUACUGGGACGAUUUAUUGAGAAUAUACCUGUAACACGGGUGUAUUUAUUACAGAUCCACUUUGCUUAAAAGCAUGCAUUAUUCUGCAAUUUUAUGCAUGCAAAAUAAUCACGGUUUGUUAAUUUAAAAUUUCUUGUAUAUUCAAAAACUUUUUUCCAUAUUGUGUUUGAUGCCUGUUUCAUGUCGGCAUGCUUUCCAAAAAUCUUUGGCACGCCACUGUAAGUGCUGUUCGUGAUAUCAGGCUUUAUAAGCAAGUAAUGGUAUUAUGCAUCAACUUCAUAGACAAGUUAGUGUGACUGACAGUGAACAUUUUUAGUGCAGAAGAUGAGUGAUUGCUAUUGACAGUUCAACAACCUAGUGGCAGUGUUGUUGUACAUGAUACAUGACACCCUGUGACUGGUCACCACUAUUCACAGACAUGGCAAAAACAAAAACUGGUGCAACAAGCAGACUGAAUUUUUAUUCAUAAAUUUCCGUACAGCUAUCAGUUACAUAAAUGAUAAAAAUUGGAAAGAACUAUUCAGUGUCUAUUAUUCUGAAAUAUGAAGUUAUUUGUCACACUUCGCAAUAGAAAAGCAAACUAGUUUUGUGAUAAUGUCAAACACUCAUGGUCUUAAUAUGAAAUUAUAACAUGAUCAGCUGAUAACAGCUCUCCUCUUAAAUUCCUGGGUGUGUAGCAGUUAUGAUAAUGGAUGACCAAGUCCUCAUCACUGUCAGAAUCUGAUUGAGAAUCAUUCUUUUCUGUAUUGUUUCAGCUAUUGCUGCUCCCUCCCAGUCGUAGAAUUAAAUUUUACAUGCAGGCUUCCAAAUACCUGCUGUGCAGUUCAGAAUUUUUUCUGAGGCCUGACUAGUCAAUUGAUUGAGAACUUCCUCAAGGAGAUUCUCUACUUCAGAGAUGAUGGACUCCUUGUUGUUUAUUACAGUGUAAUUUUUUAUUGGCACUCAUAUGCUCUUAAGUGGUAUUGAAAUAAUAAAGCAGAAGUAUACCACACCUGUGACUUUUAGCAAUUUCAUCAGUGAUACAUGUUGGAAAUAAUUAUUUCUUUAGCUCCACAAACUUGAGCAGUUCAGUCUUGUUCAAAUCCUCUUAGAGAGCAAUAUCUCAUCUUUUCAGACAAUCAAUAAUUUUUUCUUUCCUUCUUGCCUAAGUUGGUGUCUUCUUAUGAAUGACUGAAUGUACGCAUUGCACACUGCUCUCUACACAUUGAAAAUUUGUUGUCUAUCUGAAGCAACAUGGGAAUUGUUUAUAGUGUGGUAUGUUCCCUUCUCUUAUAAUAGUCAUAUUUAUGACGACAGUCAGUGUCUGUCUGAAAAUUUUUCAAAGCUGUCACUCCCUCAGCCACUUGUUUCUUGGUGUCUGCAGCCUUGUACCACUCACAUCAUAUCUGUAGUAUAAUGGCCUUUCUCUGUAGUAACAACAGUGUUUUUACUUACAGUAUUUUCAAAGCUGUUGCAGUUUUCAUUAAAAUUCUAGUAACAAAAUGUAAAGGUUCAUCGUUUUUCUUUCUCAAAUUUAUCACAUUCAUUCAUGGGUUUGGUAACGCAGCAUGCUUUUUGUCCUUCGUUUCACUCCAUGUGUUGGACAUGUGCCACUGUUUGCAUUUUAGUCUAUCUGAAAUGAAAUAGAAGUGAAUAAACACAAGAAACUCGUAGUUUCAUUUUGCACUAUAGUCGAGACAGAGUAAGAAGAUUCCUGACAGCCCAAGGCACUGUUGCCAGCUUUCAGUGCAAAGUGCUAAUGGCUACAGGUGAAAACUGUACCAUAUUAUUUGUAUGAUGGACCUCAAUAGCAUGAGUAUUUCCUCAGAGAGGUUACUGAGAAGUUACAUGUGCCCAGAUCUAAACUUAAGCAUCACUUUGGUGAGUUUAAGAAAUUACAUGAUAUGAGAGUGUGCUCUGUAAAUAAUUAGAAAUACUUGAUAGCUGUUGUAACAAGAAUGAAUGAAUGCGUGUGUUACUUCAGUUUGUGUUACAGGCAACACUGCCAUUGUUCUGUGGAGUAGCAAAAGUAGAGUCUACAGAAUACUGAGCAGCAAUGAAAGGUAUUUACCAGUGCUUGUUGUCAUGACAGUGAAAAUGUGAAAUUGGUAUUGGGCUGUGUCCCUGCUUUGUCAUGGGGUAACUAAUGUUAGUCUUUAGGAGAAUGAAUGCUGUUGUUAAUGAAUACUACUGAGACAGUACCGUGCUACCCACACUGUGCCAACAGUUUGAAAUUGGACACUUCCUGUAACAACGAGAUAUAGUAAUACUCUUGUCCAUAAAACAAGAUUCAUUCUGUCGUGGUUUGAAGAAAAUCAGAUGGAUCUACUAGACUUAUGUGAUGUGCUCAAACUCUGACCUUAACAACCAUUUAAGAUCUGUGGCACGAAAUAAGAUACCUGUUGUCCAUCAGAUCGUUUCACCCAAAAACCUGGCAAUAGAAAGAAUGGAAAUAAAUUACACCUUGAGAGUAUUAGAAUGUAGAGAAAAGCCCCGCUUGAAGACUGAAUGCUCAAAUAGACACCUAGGGGGUAUUGUCACACAUAGUUUUGCUUGGCUAAAGCCCUUGUAAAGAGCAACAAUGCAUGUCCAAGCCACACACAGUAAAAUUACAUGGAACAGUAUGGCACUAUGUAAGUUGCAUUAUCUUAUUCGUUGGAUGUAUUUGAUGUAUAGUUUCAUAUUUUGAGGAGAAUGAGGUAAUUGCUGAUUCGCUGUUGUCUUUCACGUGUUUAAGGCACAUUGUAUAUAUAGUUUUAUAACAUGUGUCAAGCUUCAGUUGUGUAGAUGAUACAGGAUUUGCCACAUACUAGAAAUAAAUACAAAAUAAUUGCUGGUAGUUCAGUGUAUGAAUACAUAAAAACUCAUCUCCUGUUGGUGUGAAAAGAGUGCUUGAAUAUCUCUUUGUGCCCAGGUUUGUAUAAAUUAUGAACUCAGUUUGCAGCUGAAAUUUGUCCUGUUCCAGUGUCUGGUAUGGUUUGUUCCCAGUUAUAAUUAUUUUGAGCUCACAAAUUGCAUAAGAAUGUUCAAAAGGGCAAGGAAAAGGGAGCAAUAAAGGCUGACAGUGGAGAGAGUAUAGGAAAAGUAUUCAUGUAUGUGUUUGUAUAUGGAUAGUUCUGUGUUGGAAAUGAUUUCAAGGUAUAGAGAGAGGUGGGUAUUGGGGUGAAUUUUAGGGGGAGGCCACUAAUAAAAAGUUGUAAAUAUGUCAGCAAAGCUGUAGACCUGACUGUGAGGGAUAAGAGAAGGGUUAAGCGGAAAGAAAUAUUGGUAGGUUUGCUGCAUGGACUACGAGAGAUGGAGGGGCUGAAAGGGUAGUUCUUACAAAGAUAGUGUGUAGAUAAGAGUAUCCAAAUGAGACUGGUAGUGAAGCAGCCAUCGAAUUCAGCCAUGUUUUACUAAGCAGAAUGCUUUGCCAACUGAAUGUUCAAUCUUGGCUUAUGCUCGAAGUUUGAUGAUAAUAAUUCAUAUGGCAUUACUAGUGGAUCAUUCUCAUAUAAGAACUGCAUAAGUGCUGCAGAAGAGUAGAUAGAUGAUAGCUACUUUCCCUACUGACUGUAUGACAUAUUUUCUAAAAUAUACCAGUGACAAGACAGGAAUAGGAUUUUCUUGCUUAAAAAAUGAAGAAAACUACUCUUCCAAACUCUUAUUUGAGUUUUUAGAGAAGAUGAAAAUAAACACUUUUUAUGUGACAUUAAUGUCAGCUGAGAAUGGCGUAUCUGAAAUUGUUGUCAAAUAAAAUAGGUGUUUCUUUUUAUCUCCUAGUAACACUUUAAAAUUUUGUACAUGUAGUUUUCACACACUUGCAAGUGCCCCCCUCCUCCCACUCACACACACACACUCUCUCUCUCUCUCUCUCUCUCUCUCUCUCUCUCACUCACUCACUCACUCACUCACUCACUCACACACACACACACACACACACACACACACACACACACACAGUUGCUGCUUACAUGUUCUUGCGGAUUGGGAUAGAUUGCGGAGGCUUUGAACAGCAGACAAGCACUAAAAAGUGGCUUAAGCUGUUGGACCAAAUCCUCCUUCAGCCUCGCAGCCACAUUCACACAUGCACAGUACUCACACAUAUGGCCUGUGUCAUCCUUGUUGCUGAAGUGUCUGUGCCUGGAAGUGACAGGGGCCAUGUGUUUGUCUGUUGUGUGUAUCUUUCUAAAUCUGAAGAGCUUUAUCCAAUAGUUUAAAUUUAGUUUUAUGUUUCCCCAUACACCACACAUCAUCUCCUCUUUGUGGUGAGUAACAGUCUAUCCUAAUUCACACUGUCGUUAUCCUGUCACAAUAUAUUUUCCAAUUUUUUUUUUAUGUUAGCAAGCUGCUGUUCACCUUUUCUACUGCUUCUCAUGAUUUUUUUUUCUGUCUUCUGCAUAUCCCUCUGAUUUGAGUAACUGUAAAGGUAUCUUCAUUUUGUGUUCAGUCCUCUUUACAGUCCUCCUAAGGUUUUCUGUCUAUGGCCAUCAAGGCGAUGUCUCUUGUAAACUUUAGCAUUGGUGUCUGUUCCCCCUUAGUGUGCUGAAAUUUUUGACAUAAGGUUUAAACAACAGUACUUAUAAGUUGAACUCACCUUUGCAUCCUUUGUAACACAAACUUUAUUAUCUGUCUUUGGUGUGCUCAUGCAUUUUGUGGUUAUGUAUGUUAUUCUGGCAUUGCUGUAAUUAUCACCAGAAUUUUGAAUAUUUUAUUCUACUUAUAGAAAAGUUCAUUUCAGCAAACAGAAGUCAUGAAAGUAUGCUAGUCUUUCUUUCCAUUAUUAACAACAAUAUCAGAGUUGUGCUUUGGUAUCUUUACUUCAUCAGUCCACACUGGUCUUUACAGUUCUUCAAUUUCUUGUUUUUUGUUGUUCCCUAAUUGUACUAUACUGUACACAAUAACUUACAAAUGUGUAAUGUCACCUGAUUUACAAGUGUACUAUCAUUUAGUAGUUCUCAGCUUUAUCUGUUAGUGCUGUCUGUGGUAAUGGGAUGAUAAUGAUUUUUUUAAUUUUUUUUAAAACUGAUUAUAUUAUGUAGAUUCAGAAUGCCUGCUCAAACCUCUGGUUCUGACAUUACCCGCUGAUUUGAGUAACUGUAAAGGUAUCUUCAUUUUGUGUUCUCUUACGUACUUCUUUUACCGUUGCUGUCAUCAACUCUUCCAGCGUUAUUUUCCUGGUAAUUAAGUCCUCUUUCUUCUACAUGCGGCAAGGAUCACGUGCCCGCAUUUUACAGGUUAAUAUCUUUAUUUGUAAUUUUCCUAAAGUAAUGGUAAAGCUGUCUGUGAGUACAUUGCUAAAAUUUCCUAUGACAAUUUUGUUUCCAUGUCUUGCUCACCCAUCAACAUUUAUGUUCUUUGCAUUUUUCUGGUUGUAUUUUUAAGUAAUCAGUACUUCUUUGAUUUAGUGUAUUUUCUUCUCUCUUCAGUAAGCUGGAAUAUUUAUCAAUUGUGAAGAGUUCUCCGUAUAUACGUUCACUGAGAGUGGGAUAACCUCUCUAAUCUUAAUUUUUCAUUUAUUAUUGAAAAUCAUUACUAGGCUAUUACCAGGAUUAGUGCCUACCCCUGAAUGUGUUUUGCAGUAAAAUAUUUUUUUUUCUUCAUCUUUGUCUAACCAUUUAAUCCAGUUAAUAACCAUAAUGGAAAUUCCUGGAUGGAGCAAUAAGUAAAGGAAGGAAAAGACAACCACUCAUCUGUAGUGGAUCAGUGCGUGUAGCAUGGUAACACACAACAGGAAACAGCAUUCACACUAGCUUUCGAGCACUAGCCCUUUUUCCAGCAAUAGUACACACGUUCACACACACAACCACAUGGAGCAGGAAUGUAUGUUUGGGCGCCUGUGUGGUUGUGUGUAUGAAUGUGUUUGAUUGCUGGAAAAAGUUAGUGCUUGAAAGCUAGUGUGAACGCUGUUUCCUGUUGUGUGAUACUGUGCCCCAUGCAUCAGUCCACUAUUGGACUGUGGUUGCCGUUCCAUAAUUUUUUGUAUCGCUGCAUUUAAUCCAAUUGAUGUUCUCUGGUUUCAGUUUUCUUCAUGUAUGCCUCUUUGUUGUUUGCUUCUGUCAGUUGAAACCUUUUUCGCAACUGUAGAAGUGCUUCUUCUGCACACGCUAUAUCUUUAAGUAAUUCAGCUUUUUUGUCUUCUCAUUGCUUAAUUUUUCAAAAACCCCAAAUCAACUGGUUUUAAUCCCUCUUUGCAUAGUUUAUAUUACACACAUGCACACAUAAGAAAGUAUAUACACUAAACAAGACAAGUUUGCUUCUGAGGUUCUUGGAUGUACCGCUGAAUGCAGUUGUUGAAGACCCACAAUAUUUUGGCGAUUAAUCGUUCUGCCAACACCAGGUGGUGCUGAACUACAACGGCACCAUCUGAUGGUAGAACGGUUAUUUGCCGAAAUAUCAAGGACCUUCGACAAUUGGACCCGGCAGUAAACCCGAGAACCUCGGAAGCAGCAUAUAUCCCUGGAAAACCUCAGAUCACAUAAGACAAGUUUGUUUCAUUGAGCAUCUUGAAUGCUAAUAAAAUUUUCCAUCCUAUAAUUUAUAUUGAUAUGCUGUAAACUGAUAGUAAGAGAGAGGGAUGGUUUCUUGUCACAAUAGACUACCUUAUUUCUAUUGCCAGCAGUCUGUUGAUUGAAGCUUCAAUUUUUCAUCUGUUAUCUUCUCUCUCUCUCUCUCUCUCUCUCUCUCUCUCUCUCUCUCUCUCUCUCUCUCUCUCUCUCUCUCUCUCUCUGUGUGUGUGUGUGUGUGUGUGUGUGUGUGUGUGUGUGUGUGUUAAGCUCUAUGAUGAACAUCACUAUCUGUGAUAAUGCUACAUAUAGUUAAGCAAAUGAUAAGAAUUAUUAAAUGUGCUGGAGAAUCUUCUAAGUAUUAUGCACAGUGUGUAAUUCUUGAUUUUUGUUUCAGAGUUUGGAGCUAAAGUACUGUACUGCAAAUUGAUUGGUUCUGUUUUACGCGUAAAAUUAUUUCUGUUACAGGACAGUAUUUUAGUUAGGGACAAAUUUGAUGUAGGCUAUGAUGCUUCGAAACAAAAAGGUGUUAGCAAAUAUUUCUGGAGUUGCUGUUAAGAGGAAGAUGGCUAGAAACAGGAGCGCAUUAAAACAGUCACAAUCAGAAGGCCGCCUUGAAGCAAAAAGCACGAGGAAACAUGAUUCAGUCUUACAUCAUUGCACUGAUUUGUGCAAGUCUUUGUCCAGCUGUGACUAUAUUUCUGGUGCUGAGCAGUCAUCAUCUAUUGCAGAACAUUCUUCGAUGAGUCUGACGAAAAAUACUCCAUCUGCUGAAGUGGGGAAGUGUAGUAGUGCUUUGGUAGGUAGUAACACCAGUUCAUCACAAGUGUUGCCUAAAUCUAAUAAGACAGCAGAUUUAAAGGCGUCAACUGUCUCAGAAGAUUCAGUACGAAGCCUUGACAUGGAGGAUUCCAUUGUUGAAGUAAUUCCCAUAGAGAUUUCUGAUGUCAGUAUAUUGGAAACAAAAUCACACAAGCCGUCUUCCAGUGGUAACAAACCAAUAGAUGCGGAUACGUCAGAUGUUAUAAUCAUCCCAGAUUCUCCAGGACAAGGGACUGCAGGGAACAAGGCUUCGAAGACUACAUCAAAUGAAGUUUCACAUGUGCAGCGAGGCAGGAAAAGAAAAAACAGUGAUGAUAGUGGGAUUGAAAUCUUGUGCGAUAUUUCAGGAAGUAGACCUAAGAAGCAGCAGAAAAUUAACAUUGCCAGUAAAGGGAGCAGUGGGGAUGGAGAUGACAUUAUCUUCAUUAGUGCAGAAGAUGAUGAAGUGUCAGUCAUCAAAACAAAGGAGGAGCACAAAACACCUCAAGAGGAUGUAAUAAUUUUAGAUUCGCCUCCUGCACAAACUCCUGUGCAGAAUUCAGACAAAUCACCUAAGAAAAUGGUUUCAGCAUCUACAAGUGUAACUGGUUUAAUUCCCCAUUAUACUCAACAUUUAAUAGAUUAUAUUUCUCUUGAUGGAAGACCACCUGUAAAUAUUUCUGACUCAUCUAUUGGGACACCUGUCCUGCCUUUUUCACUCAGAGAUGCAUUCAGAGAUGAGGAGGAGAUGGUGCAAAGACGGAUUCCCGUUUUGAGACGGGCACAGGGUACCAGAGCUUCCAUUCGGCGGCAAAGGGAAAGAGCUGCGUUUCAUAACCGUUUAGUACAUGCUCGCAGUCAAGCAGGCCGAUCAAACUGUAUACCUGUGUCUACUUGCGCUUACUUUCCCCCUCGCCCUUCAAAUGCACUGAUUGGAAAUCAGACUUCAACUAUCAGAAAUGCAGCCGAAAAUUCAACUGCACAAAACUCGACAAACCAAAAUGUAGCAUCUGAAAACUCUGUACAACAAAACUCGACAACCCAAAAUGUAGCACCUGAAAACUCUGUACAACAAAACUCGACAACCCAAAAUGUAGCACCUGAAAACUCUGUACAAUCAGCUCCAGAAGUUUCACAAUCACCAGCCUGUGUUUAUGGAACCAACAUUUACAACCCAAAUGCGAGUGACAAAGAGAAGGAUGGGUUGCGACCAGUCAUCAUUGAUGGAAACAAUAUAGCAAUGGGGCAUGGAAAAGGAAAAUGUUUCUCAUGGCGAGGACUGCACAUUUGUAUCAAGUACUUUUUGAAGCGUGGUCAUAAAGUGACAGCAUUUGUGCCAACAUUCCGGAGGGGUGCUUGCCCACCUGACCUUCGUUCUGAACUGGAGGAGUAUGAGAGGAGUGGGCAGGUUGUAUUCACACCAAGCAGAAGAAUAGAAGGGCGACUCAUUGUGCCAUAUGAUGACAGGUUCAUUGUGCAGUGUGCAGCAGAACUUGGUGGAGUUAUAGUCUCCACAGACAACUUCCGUGAUCUCCUAAGUGAAAAUACCACCUGGAAGGAAACAAUUGAAAAGAGGUUGCUGAUGUUCACAUGGGUUGGAGACUUGUUGAUGUUCCCUCAUGAUCCGCUAGGGAGGAAUGGUCCAAAAUUUGAAGAGUUCCUUCGCUUUCCCAAGAAGUUAUAAGACAAUGCUGAAAUUGUCGCCAGUGUCAAUUCAGUACAAACUGCUGCUGUGUUAGAAACCAAAAAAGUGUUGUUAAUGUAUUUUGAUAUUUUGGUGUAAAGGAAGUAAUCCAUUUUUACAAAAUAACAUAUCCCAUUUCUCAAAAAUCUGUUGUCAAGUUUGUGCUCAGGUAUUGUUAAAGUAUGUAUACAGCUGUAUCUUGUUAUUCUUUUAUUACUAAUAUUGUAUCAUAUUAUAUUUAGUGUGUACAGUUGGAUUAUUCAUUUUCAGUUUUAUAAAAUUAUUUUCCAGUAUAUAAAAGCUGCAUUUGAAAACAAUUUGGGUUGUGAAUCUUAAAGUGAUUAUCACUUUGCUUUUUUGUGUAUUAUAUGAAAUCAAGAUAUAUUCUUGCCAGUCACUGUUUUUUCCUCUUGCAGUAAAAAUAAAAAAAAUAAAUUAAAAAAAAAGUUUUUGAGGACACUUGUCAGAGUUACAUGAAGUGCACCAACAAUUUCUUUAGUUUCAUAUGCCUAAGAUAUUUCACAUUUCAUUCAUUCGUUCUUUUCUCAUAACUAGUUGCCAUUUUCUACAUGUUGGUAAAGUUGUACAGGGCAUAAGAAAUUUUCUUUUGUUCAGUUUUAGUUGACCAACAUUGUGGUUGGUUGAACAAUUUCCUUGAUUUCAGUUUGAUGGUUUGGUGCAAGUAUUUGUUACAUUGUACACAUUCCAAAAUGCUUUCAGUGUAUUUUUAUGACAGGAAUAGUGUAAAUAUCCUCAUUACAAGUGUGUGUGAAUGUGAAAUAAUUUGAUGCAUGUUCUGCUUUGUGCUGCUGCAUCUGUUAAUACUUUAAGGUACAUAAAACACCACUUUAGCUGCUGUUUCCACUGCUGGUUAUGUUAAUGUGAUCCAUAUUAUAAUGUAAAAAUUAUGUCUGUUAGUAAAGGUAGCUAUCUUUAAAAGAACAUUUGGAAACUCUUUUCUUUAUAGUAUUCCCAAGACCUAAAUGCGCAUGAGUAUUGAAUGUAAAGAAUUCUUAGUUCUUCUGGUAUGACAAUAGCCACUUGUACUAAUGUAAGUCUCUCUUGCAUUAUAAUACAGGUCACAUGAGUAUGUUCAGUCAACAUAACUGGUAGUGGAAACAGCAACUGAGAUGAUAUUUUAUGUAUACCUUAAAGCAUGUGUGUCAUGUAGGCUUCGUAUGAAAAAUAAUUAGUGAUACUGUUUGAUGUAUAUAUUAUCUCAAAUGUUGCUUUUGUUUAUUGGUAACUGUAGCAAUUUGUAGUAAAACUAAAGUUAGUAAAACCAAUGAAGCAGGCAGGUGGGAAAAUGUCGUCCAAAUGUCAGAAAGGAAAGAACCAAAGAAAUUCUUACCAGUAUUGAGACUCGCUGGUAGUGGACUCGCUGCUAGCAACCAAAUUACUUUAUAUUAAAUCUGAUACAAAUGAAGGUUUUGUAUAAGCAAGCUGAAAUAGUAUAACUGAAUGGGAACGUCCGUACUUAAGUUAGUUGUAGAAACUUGUUGUUCAUAAAUAGUCGGGUUGUAAAUAAGAGAAAUGAGCAGGAUUACAGUUGAGCAUAUUUAAAAGAGAUGUACUUGAAGAGACUAUUUCAGUACAUAAAGAUUAUCAUUUUAAUUAUAGAUAUAUUUUUGUAAAAUAUUCGUUUCAAAUUUUUCACACAAGGAAUGUAAUUAAUGAUGUUUUACUGUGGACUAAAUCACACAGACACUUCUGUAAAUAUUUGAUUAAUACCAUUAAUUUUCCACAAAAAAGGAAAUAAUUGAUAUAAUUUGAUGUUACCAAAAUAUUUGUUGUUCAGUCUUUGACAAAUUUGUGUUUUUUAUAUAUAACAGUCCACUAUAAUAAAUAAUAUCUAAUAAAGCUUUAUUUUCUUA